AUGGCAGAGGAAACACCAAGAUAUGCUGUAGUAACUGGAGCAAACAGAGGAAUUGGGUUAGAGAUCUGCAGACAAUUAGCGAGCAAAGGGAUUAAGGUUGUUUUGACUUCUAGAGAUGAGAAAAAGGGAAUCGAAGCCGCUGAGACACUGAAGAAAGAGACUGGAGUUUCUGAUCAAAGCCUUGUCUUUCAUCAGCUUGAUGUCUCUGAUCUUGCUAGUAUCACAUCUCUUGCUGAGUUUGUGAAAACCCAAUUCGGGAAACUCGAUAUCUUGGUGAAUAAUGCAGGUGUUAAUGGUAUAAUCGUCACUGACGUUGAUGCUCUAAAAGCUGGGGUAGGCAAAGAAGAUUUCAAGAUGGAUGAACUCAUGACGGAGACAUAUGAGUUAGCUGAAGAAUGCAUCAAUAUUAAUUACUAUGGAGUCAAGAGUAUGUGUGAAGCGUUUAUUCCCCUUUUGCAGCUAUCUGAUUCUCCAAGAAUCGUCAAUGUAUCGUCCUCCAUGGGUCAACUAGAGAAUUUACUAAACGAAUGGGCAAAAGGAAUCUUGAGCGACGCAGAGAAGCUCACGGAGGAAAGAAUCGACCAAGUGAUCAACCAACUUCUCAAUGAUUUCAAAGAGGGUACGGUUAAGACAAAGAAGUGGGCUAAAUUCAUGUCGGCGUACCAUGUCUCGAAGGCUGCGUUGAAUGGUUACACGAGGAUCAUAGCGAAGGAACAUCCAGGGUUUCUGGUAAACUCGGUUUGUCCUGGAUUUGUGAAGACGGAUGUCAAUUUCAAUACUGGAAGAUUGUCUGUAGAAGAAGGAGCAUCAAGUAUUGUGAGGUUGGCUUUGCUUCCACAUCACGAAAUCCCUUCUGGUUGUUUCUUUUUCCGCAAGCAACUCUCAGAGUUCUGA